AUGCUCAGAUGGUCCGUAGGCCCCGUCUGUGGAGUCGACAAUUGUCGCAGCAGGCACUGGCGCAUUAUUGAUGGUCAGCAUGUUUGCAGAAAUGGUCACGUCCGUGAGGGUGACAUUGAAAUGGCAGAAGAUGAAGGCGGCGGAGAACAGGGUCGUUAUAUGCGUGUGACCGGAUCCAUGAUCGCCGACCGCCGGUCACAGGCUGCCAGCCAACCCGAAGAGGCCUCUCCAAAAGAAGUAACCAAAUCACUACAUAAAGCUUUGACAUACAUUCUUAAACAACAAGCAGAGUUCCUAGUCAAAGAAAAAGGUGCCCCCUCAGACAUUAUGCACGUCUCCAGAGCGCUUUUCGGACUUUGGGUCGACUAUAUAACAAAUAGACCAACCUUCGAGGCCCAUGAUGACUCCAGUGGUAUCGAAUCAAACUCAGAAGUAUCUGGAUCAGAAAAUGACAUUAAGCCCACUCGUUUCAAAGACAAAACCCCGCUCAAGACCAAAAUCAAAACAGGUCGAUACAAACAAAUUGCACCUUACAAACCUCCCCUACGAACAAACGUUAAUCUACAACCAAGAGCUUGGCCUUUGGCUUGCAUCUACCUAGCUUGUUGCGUAGUCCAGUAUCCAAUCUACAUUAGUGAUCUCAUGCGCUGGCUCUACAAUAACGAAUAUCCACAAAUGAAUUCAUUCAACUCUCUUCCUAAAGAAUUCAAAAAAACUCUCCACCUCAGUCAACUACAUAAUCAUGUCAUCAAAUUUGAUAACAAGUUCCUGGAUACCUCUGUGUAUGAUCAGGUCAACACAAUGGGAAGCAUGUUUUGCAAAAAACACGAAUAUGAAAUACCAAACUUAUCCAUAAACCCACUCCUCAUAAAGCUCAUAUAUAUGCUUUAUCUUCCUCCGGAAAUAUACCCUGCCGUUUUGCGUCUCAUUAAAAUCUUGCAAAUUGACUUUGACAUUACCAGAAGCGACCCAACAACCAACUCUUCUUCGGACGAUAGAACAUUAUACGCCUUAGUUGUUCUCAUGUGCAAAAUCUUGUACGGGUUCGAUAAUGUCAUUCGGCAUCCUAAACCUCAUGAGCCUGGUGCUCAAAUUAUUGACUGGGAGCUGUGGCAAAGCAUGGUUUACCGUACAUGGGUUGAAACUGACUCAUUUGGGUACAUAGAUCCUACAAAUGUUCUUUAUUGGAACACAGAACGACUCGAGCGGUGUUUAGAUUGGGCAGAGGAUCUUGUUUAUAAUGACGAAAACGAGGUGGUUAAUAAUGAAAAAAAAUCACGAGAAGGUGUGACUCGGUUUAUGCGCAAAACAUUUCCUUUAAAAAAGAGAGACCCUAAACCAUACAAUCCUCACGAUAGCAUUCUGUUUAAGGCGCCACCAAGAAAGGGUAAAAAACGAACCUUAAACAAUUCGCAGUCUUUUGAUAAUACCCAAGAAGACGAUGGCGAUGAUGAAAACGAAGAAGACGAAGAAUUAAACAGUGAUGAAGAGCUUAAACGUAAUGGAGUGCAUCGCACAGAGCUCCCUAAAAUUGGCCCCAUCAUGGAAAGAGACUUAUUUUCAAAUUCAAAUUCUAACCUAUACCGUCCAGACAAGGAGAUUUCUUCUGAUUCUAAUUCUGAUUUUGAGGAAUUUGUACAGACCAAAACUGGUAUCUAUAGACGGGGAGAAGAGGAUAUGGAAAUUCCUGUUGAAGAUAACCGAGAAACACAAAAAAUUUCUCAACCGGAUGACCAUAUUCUGCUUGAAGUGAACCAGCUAGUUCAGUCCACAACAACUCCCUACGAAAUUCAGCUUACAAAGUUUGCUGAUACAGAUGAAGAAGAAGGUAAAGAAGAAAAAGAUAAUGAUGAAGGCUGGGAAGACGUGAACGAAGAAAACAUGCCAGUUUCUGAAGACUACGCAGACGCACUUCAGUAUCCUGGUGAUGUGGAACCUUCACGAGAGGCCCAGGUGAACGAGGCGCUUAACGAGUAUUGGAAUCACAAGGCCCAAACAAUGAAUAACUUGUACUACUCCAACAUUCGCAAAUUUAAAGAACAUAACCACUUCUCAAAUCCAGUCAUCCCGCGAAAAAGUUCCAUAAUGGAUCUCAAAAACACACGCUACAUGGGGAAGCUCUUAAGACCAGGACACCGAUACAAAAUGUACGACCCAGAGGGCGACGAUACAGAGCUGGUCAAAACGCUUUUUGAUGCAGCGCCUUCUGUGAUUGGAACGUCGCCAACUGUCAUUGAGAAACUAUUCAAGCAUCUUGAAAAAUACAUUGUCAAGCCAAAAUCCCAGUAA